CAACAUCAUCAUCGCCUGUCAAAUUUCAAUCUUGAAGCUCAGAGAAACGAGUGGCUACAGUGAAAGGGUGAUAUGAGUUCAAUAGGCCAAAGCAUACUGAUGGCACUGACCGUUACCAUGAACAAAUACGCUUCAUCAAAUGUUCAAGCAGUUCAUAGAAAGAGGAAGAAGACACCAACCACCACUCUUCACGACAUUCAUGGAAGAAGAGGUCUUCUCUUAUCCACUGUCGUUGCUGCUCUCCAAGUCACUGACUCCAAAACUCAACUUCUUCAAAAGUAUCUGAAGAAGACUGAGGAAAACAAAGCCAAAAAUGACAAGGAGAGAAUGGAUAGUUAUUACAAACGCAAUUACAAAGAUUACUUUCAGUUGGUUCAAGGAACUAUGAGAGGAAAAGAUGGGGAAAUUUCAGAAGCUGAGAAGGGAAUUCUUGAAUGGCUUCAAAAAAACAAGUGAAAACCAGCUUCAUCUUGAACAAAUAUUACUUUUUAUUUUGGUAUGCUUAAUUUGUCUAUAUGACUUCUUGAUAAAUUUCUAUCUUAAAUAGCUGAAAUAAAUAGCCUGCUAAAAGAAUUUUAGCAUCUUGUUAUU